CGUUAUAAACUCUAAUUUUGGAAUAAAAGGGUCUAAGCAUGAACCGAAUAGAAAACGAUACCCAAAUGUUUGAAUAGUAAUGAGAUGGUACUGGUUGAACCCUGCCGGACCUUAUACUCGGGUAAUAGACUAGCGGCGAUUUUAUUUCAGGCUUUCACCGUUUCACGCUUCAGUGCACCCAAUCCGGCAAUCCCCAUCGUCCUUCAUCUAGUCAGACGACCAGCGGCAGCGAGCACGGAACAUCUAUAGCCUCUUCGUUCCAAUUUUCUUGCGGAGUUUCAGGCAACAUUGGCUGUGUUCAAAUUUUGACUUGUAUGAAAAGAUCUUGCCUGUGAAUAAUCAAUGGCUGACAACACGGAAAUUGAUGACCGUGUGGAUCUUUACGAUGAUAACUACAAUGAAGAGGAUGAUGAUGUCGAAGAAGAACCUAUGGAAGAUGAAGAAGCAGAAGAUGGUGGUGAGGAAAACGAUGAAGAACAACCAGAAGAUUUAGAACGCGGGGAUAGCGGGGAAGAGCCGUCACCUGAUGAAACAGAUAAAAUAAAAGAAAAUUCUGGAGCUUCAUUGAGUGAAGAUGAGAAAAAGAAGUUCGCCGAACUCCUUAAUCUUCCUCCACAAGGGUCUGAAGUCUUUAUUGGUGGGCUAUCUAAAGAUAUUACAGAAGAAGACCUCAAGGAUCUCUGUGAACCAAUUGGUGACAUUGUUGAAAUUAGGGUCAUGAAAAAUAGAGACACUGGAGAAAGCAAGGGUUUUGCUUUUGUAGCAUUUGGAGCAAAAGAUGUUGCUCAAAAGGCCAUCCAGGAGUUGCAUAACAAGGAAUUCAAGGGCAGAAAGUUAAGGUGUUCUUUAUCAGAAACUAAGUACAGAUUGUUCAUUGGUAAUGUUCCAAAGAGCUGGUCUGAUGAAGAGUUCAAAAACGUCAUAGAUGAGACUGGACCCGGUGCAGAAAAUAUAGAACUCAUAAAGGAUCCUCAAAAUCCUUUACGCAAUCGGGGCUUUGCUUUUGUUGAAUAUUACAACAAUGCUUGUGCAGAUUACUCGAGGCAAAAAAUGUCAAAUGCAAACUUUAAGCUGGAGGGUAAUACCCCAACAGUCACCUGGGCUGACCCAAAGCUCACACCUGAUACUUCUGCUGCUGCUUCUCAGGUCAAGGCUCUAUACGUGAAGAAUAUUCCAGAAAAUACACCUACUGAGCAAUUGAAGGAGCUCUUCGAACGCCAUGGAGAAGUCACUAAGGUUGUCACACCACCAGCUAGAAGUGGCGGAAAGCGGGACUUUGGAUUUGUUCACUUUGCGGAAAGGUCCAGUGCAUUAAAAGCAAUCAAAGAGACUGAAAAAUAUGAAAUUAAUGGUCAGGUGUUGGAGGUGGUUCUUGCAAAGCCCCAGACUGAUAAGAAGUUUGACAUGAUGUCUAAUCAUCACGGCAUGUUUCUCCAUCCUAAUUUCAUCCCCCACGCAGCUGGGGGGUAUGGCAGUUUUCCCAUGAAUCCUUAUGGGGCAGCGGUAGCUGGUGGCUAUGGCGCUGCCGCUGCUGGAUUUCAGCAGCCUAUGAUAUAUGGAAGGGGUCCGAUGCCAGCUGGCAUGCAAAUGGUGCCUAUGGUUCUUCCAGAUGGACGGAUUGGCUACGUCCUGCAGCAGCCUGGUGGGGUGCAGAUGCCAAGUGUACGACCCCGAAGGAACGACAGAAUUAACGGGGGCCCACAAGGACGGGGAGGAUCUAGUAGUGGUGGUGGCAACGAUGAUUCCAACCGAAAUAGGCGUUUUCGUCCGUACUGAUUUGGUAAAAAAAUGCGGUAAGUUGUAAUAUUUAUGCCCAUAUCAGGGAUGAAAGCUAAACAUUAUCUUUUUUUGUGUUUCUUUUCUUUGCUAUUGUCGUCAAAAUCAAACAAAUACAACAAAGCAGAACACGUUUAACUUUGCUAGUUAGAUCCUUUGUAGCAACUUAUUUGGUGUAACGGAUAGCGCGUUUGAUUUUAGCGUUGCGUCAAUUUAUUUGUAUUGUUUGACGUCGGGAUGCUUUUAUUUUUGUUGGGAGUUAUAAAGAGCGUUGUUUCUU